AUGCCGAUGGAGGACCUCGCGCGCUUCCGGCGCAAGAUGGAGGAGUUGACGGGGCUGGAGUUUGCUGAAGAGCUGAGGAAACGUGGAGUCUCCGUGCCUGGGAAGGAACCGCAGAAAAUCGUGGACGCUGUCGUUCGCCUGCUCCACGACGAUUUGCGCGCCAUCGAAGCAAGUGCCCAGGAUGACCCCCGCGGAAAAAGAAGGCCUGAAAACGAAGAGGAGGAUGACGAACCUGAGUUUGUCAGGGAGCGGGGACGAGGGAAAGGCCUAAGGCCGCUGCGGGGCGAGGUGGGAGAGAGAGAGCAGAAGAGACGCACGGAAGAAAAGAAAGAGGCGAUGCUGAACCUUUUGCAACGCAUGUCUCCGGAAGAAGCGGCAGCGGCCGCACAGAGGUUCCGAGAGAUGGAGACGAGAGGCGAAUCUGAGCAGCAAAGCGUUUCGCUGGAGAGACCGCGGGGAGAAACGCGAGCGGGUAUAAGCGCCCGAGCCGGCGCAGAAGACGACGCACCAGGGGAGCCUGUGGUGCAAGCAGAGGGCCUGCAUGCAGGGAUCGGAGCGUCACAGAUGCCCCACAACGAACAAGGAGAACCCCCCGUGGAAGAAGACCAGGCGGAAGUAGGAGAGGGAGGAAGAGGAAGAGACGGCUCGUCUGGGGAUGCCUCUAAAAGAGGCGACGAUGUGGGUGAUCCGAGCGGCAUCGAACCGCCAGAGAUCCGAUUUUUCCCCGAGGCUUCGACGCGCGAGUACUGGGAGCCGAGGUUCGCGUGGAGAAGCGAGGUGGCGUCUCUUGAGGACCAGCUGGAGCUUCUCCAAGAGAAGGGCCUUUUCGAGGGGAGACAGAGACGGCAGAGGCCGAGGCGCGAGCGAUCAGGCACGCCGCAGCGGAGACACAUGCCAGGCGACGCUCCUCGAAGCGGUGGUGCGUUUGCUGGCGAAAACGCGGCACGCGCGCAAGGAGAGAAGGACGGGCAAAGAGAGAGAGAAGGCGAGAAGAGGGCAGAUGAGGAGACGGAGAAGGGAGAGACGCAUUGGCAGGGCGGAGUCCAGGGGGACGGCGCAGUAGAAGAGGAAGAGGAUUUGGACGCGUGGUUAGGGACUGGAGAGAGCGAAGAGGACGAGGGUGCGUUUCUGACUGAGGCGGAUGCCGAUCGAUUUCCAGGUCUCGUCACAGUGCGCGAUCUUCUUCGCAGAGAGAUUCUGGGUCUUUCUUUGGUGACGCCGUCAGGCGCGAAGAAGCGAACCGACGGACCCAGAGGAAAGGCGGGGAACGUGAGUGCACGGGCCGACGCAGGAACGCGCCUCGACAUGAGUCGCAGAGAAGACAGAGACGAAGCAGAGGGGCGAGAGAGAGACACAACUCGUGCGUGGUUUCGGCAGCGCGGCCGAGAUGAAGAAGAGGAAGAAGAGUCAGAGGAGGACGAGGAGAUUGACGAAGACAGCGGGGGUGCGGGCGACGCGAACGUAUGGAAAAGGAAAUACAAAGGCACGGAUGAAGAAGACGAAGAUGAAGAUGAAGACGAAGAUGACGAAGGGGACUCGUCUGCCCAGCUUAUUCUGCCUUCGAAUUUCCGUUCCCUCCCGAAGGACAGGCGAGAGCAGCUUCUGCGCAUCCACGAAACUCCCAGGCAGAUGCAGAAAGAAGACCAAGAGGACGAACAAGAACAAGAGGACGAAGGUGGCGAGGCGGAGACGGGGCCGAGCGAAGCUGUCGAGAGGCGUACAUACACUCAAACGGAGCGCGACGAAGACAUGCGACGCGUCGCGGCUCGCCUUCUUUCUUCGUCUUCUGUGUCUCCUUCAUCUCAUUCAUCUUCGCCUUCUUCAUUUUCCUCACUGGGCGAUAAGGGCGAUCGGGAGGGACAUCGCUUAGGUCUACCAACGGGGCAAAGCGACGGCGCGCGAGGAGAGGAAGCAGGAGAGGGAGGGGACGCAGGAAAGGGAAGGGAAGAGCCGCGUUUCUCUGACCGCAUUGAGGCCUACUGCGUAGCUUGGCACCAACUUGUCGAGCGCCAGAGCGGGAGUGGAAAGGGAGACGAAGAGAUCGAAGAACACGAACAAAGACGGACAGGCGUUCUUCUCCUUCCAGAUGCCUCAGGAUGGAGGGACUUCUUCGUUCGCGGUCUCGCUGAUAGACUCGCCGACUGUUGCAAAUGCGUCGUUCUCGUUCCGGAUACGCAGCACAUUGCAACGCGCGCUGAGGAUUUCGCGCCUUCUCAGGCGUCUUUUGCCUCUCCUCGGGCGUCUGCAUCUGUGCUGAGAAACGAAUUGAUUCACCGGUGCAUGCGCUUUCUGAAGCGCGAGUUUGCCUUGCAGGCGGUUGCCCUCGCUGGCCUCGAAGAGGGCGGCGGGCUCGCCCUGGAAGGCGCAGCGGAUCUUUUCCGCAUUCGCCGAGAAAAACGCAGACUCUUCGCCACAAAAGCCGCAGUUACCGCCCAUGAUCUUCAACAGAUACUUCUCCACGAUGCACUCUCUUCCUCUCCUUACCUCCCUGCUUCUUCUCCUUCGUCCACUUAUUCUCCUCUUUCUUCUGCCGCUCUUCCGGCUGCUGGCUCUGAUCUUCCUUCUUUUCUGUCGGGGGGUGAGCUAGUUCUUCCAGACGCAGUCGUGGCAUUCUACCCCCGGCGUUUCAGUCCGCGGUUUGUCGGGGCACACAUGGAGGCUCCGACGUUGGGAAUCUUUGCUGACGAGAACGGAAAGAUGGGAAAACAGCCGCUCUCAAAUGGUGGCGAGUCGACGAGUGAAAACGCCGCAGGCGACGGCGAGGGAGGCGACGCGUUCGACGCGCGCCGGAGAGAAGGCGUGAGAGCGGGGAGAGGUGGAGAGAGACUUGCGGGACAGAGCAGACAGGGAGAGGUGCCGACUCCAUGUGGAUGCAGAGAAGGUGAAGCUGCAGUGCGAGAAGCGCGAGAGCGCAUAGGCGGAUCGACGCCUGCGAGAGAGCGAGAAAUGACGGAUAAGAUCGCGCAGCGAGGAAACGCGCAGACUAUCGAAGGACGCCGCGGAGCGGAGACACUCGAGAAGGCGUUUCGCGAGUUCGAUGGGAAGUUUCAAAGAGACUUCAUGAUGCAUGUUUUCGAUGGUGUGAGCCGAGGGUUCGCCCAUCGUUUCUGGGACGAGAAAACGAAAACACUCGUCAAAAGUCGCGAGGCCGCCGAGGACGCGUUUCUCAUCUCCACGUCCUGGUUAGAUAUUUGGCUGUCGCCACCCUCUGAGCCUCCACGGUUUAACGUGAUCAACGACGUGACCGACUUCUCCGAAACGUUCAAAGAUUUCCAACCUCCCCGGCGUGGAUAG